AUGCCGAAUCAAAACGAGAACCCGUCCGCACCACCUGUCAAUGACGACAUUUCCGCACAAACAUCCGAUAGACGACCCGACGUCGGACGAAAUGUGGGCAAGGAAGCCCGGGCGCUUGCUCCCGAUCUACUCCGCGGCCUGCUCAUGAUGAUCAUGGCCCUGGAUCACGCAGCGCUGGGCCUGCACACGUGGCAGCAUGGAACGGGGCGAGUGCAAGAAGCGGACGGCCAAGUUGUCAGGAGCUGGAACUUUACGACGGCCUACGUGGUGCGGACCCUGACGCAUUUAUGCGCGCCGGGGUUCACGUUCCUGCUCGGCAUGGGGGUAGUCUACCUCGGUCGAUCGCGGACCAGGCUCGGUUGGGGACCAAAGCGACUGGCCCGCUACUUUGUCGUCAGGUGCCUGGUUUUGACCCUGGUAACGGUUGUGUUUGGGCUGGUGAUUACAAGAGGAACGAUAUGGUUCCUGAACAUCGUCUUGUUCGCCCUCGCGGUGGACUACCUGUUUGCCGGAUUGCUUUGGCUUGCACUUGACAAGACGGAGGAAUUGCUCUCUCGGAGCAUCGCCAGAUGGACAAAGGGCAGGAUUGACGACGCAUCACCCGACAGCGACGAACAAGGCAUCACCCAGCCCCUGCUUCCCGAGACGGAAGCAGCUCGCGACGCGCAGACGGCCUCGUACCAUGAGUGCAUGUCGUGGAGUCUCGGCAACGCUCUGCUCCUGGUCCUCGCCCUCGUCGCCAUUUUCUGGAACAUCUGGCUCAGCGAGCACGGUGGAGUCUGCAAGCAGGCGCCUGCAGCAGCAGCCCAAACCACGAGUCCCUCCAACCCCUUUCUGAGAGUCUGGUUCUGGGUCAUGAUGGAGCCUGGGUCGCGCGUCAUCAGCGGCUUCCCCCCAAUGGCCUGGCUCUCCUUCGCCCUCCUCGGCGUCUUGUACGCUCGCAUCAUGACGGCCCGGCCCUGGACGCGCCGCGUUCGAACGCUAGGCCACGUCUGCGCAGCCAUGCUCUUCCUGACGCUGUUCGUUGUCACGCGUCUGGCGCGCUUCGGCAACCUUUCCGAGGGGUGUCUGCAGACGCCUGACCAGGAAGCCCGCCCCGCGCUGAACCCGUACCUUGCCUCGGCCAAGUCCUUCUUCUACCUCGUCAAGUACCCUCCGGACGUGGCGUUUUUCGCCCUCACCAUGGCGGGAAAUCUCGUCUUGCUGGCCGUCUUCACCGCGCUCCCGCCGGUAGUGUGCGGAAGACUCACCAUGUUGCUGGACUUUGGGACGAGCGCCCUGUUCUUUUACAUGGCGCACAUGGUGGCGCUGUUUGCGCUCGGCGACGUGGCUGUUGCCUGGUUCGGCCGCGAAACAGGCGUGCCGGGCCCGAUGGAUCCGGAGGACACAAAGGGGAUUGAUGAUUUGCGGGUGUAUUUUGUCUUUUGGGCGGCUGUGAUGCUGGUGCUGUGGCCGGUGUGCAGGGCCUAUGGUCGGUUCAAGAGCUCCAAGGGGCCCGACUCGGUAUGGAGGUUCUUUUAG